GUUCUGAGGGCACACCUGGGGCGGGGUGGGGGCCGAGGGCAGCUGCCCGACCUCGCUGCGCACUCCCAGUGCCGCAGCUUGUGUGGGAGUUUCUGUAAGACUGUAAGCUGAAGCCUUGGAAUCCUUGAUAUUUUGCUGUCUGCAGUGCCCGUUGGUGGACUGGACUGAUACUCAAGUAGGAUCUAAAAGGGGCUGGAUCCUGCUGGUGAUACACACUGCAAGCUGUAGUGAACAAGAUGACAGCCGUCUCCCCAGACCCUCUAACUCUGGCCUCAAGUGAACACAACAAGGUCCUAAGAAUGGAUACUCCUGGGGAUCAAGAAGCUGUCCCAAGAGAAGACACUGCUGACCCAGAGUCUUUCAGACAGAGGUUCAGGCGAUUUUGUUACUCAGAAGUGACUGGACCUAGAAAAGCCCUGAAUCAACUCUGGGAGCUCUGCAUUCAGUGGCUGAGGCCAGACAUCCACACAAAAGAACAGAUUUUAGAAAUUCUGGUGUUUGAGCAGUUCCUGACCAUUUUGCCUGGGGAGAUCAGGAUUUGGGUAAAGUCACAACAUCCUGAGAAUAGUGAGGAAGUGGUAACUCUAAUAGAGGAUUUGACACAAAUGCUUGAAGAAAAGGAAGAUCCAGUCUCUCAAGAUUCUGUUGUUUCCCAAGAGGAGAACCCUGAAGAAGAUAAAAUGGUUUCUGUCCUUCCAAAUAUUGAGUCGAGGGACUUCAUCACAUUCAAGGAUGUGGUUGUAAACUUUUCCAGAGGAGAAUGGAGGAAACUGGAGCCUUUUCAAAAGGAGUUAUAUAAAGAGGUACUACUGGAGAACUUCAGGAACCUAGAAUUUCUGGGCUUCCCAGUGUCUAAAUUAGAUUUGAUUUCCCAACUGAAGUGGGUUGAACUACCAUGGCUGCUGGAAAAAGAAGUGUCAGAAGGCUCCAGACCAGAGGAUGAAUUGAAGGAAUCUGUUCGAAAUCAAGAUGUUCUUAUGGAAGAAUCGACUUUAGAUAAAAUAAUAGAAAGAUACCUAACGGGUGGUGAUUAUGGCUUGAAGGGAGAAUCCAGAAAACGUUAUGGCAGAUUAGAGGAUCGUAGUCAUAAGGAAUAUUCACAAGUAGCAGUCACACAAAAGAAAAGUCAUGGGAGAGGCAGUAAGGGUGAGGAAUUUGACCCAGACAAGAGCCCUUUUGGAAGUAAUUUCAAACAAAAUUCGGACCUAAUUAAACAUCUGAGAGUCUACUUAAGGAAGAAAUCUCGGAGAUAUAAUGAAGGCAAGAAACCCUUCAGUUUUCAUUCAGACCUUCUGACCCGCAAAGAACAUACUGGAGAAAAGCCACGGAAAUGUAACGAAGGCAGGAAAGUCUUAAGUCACUCUUCAUCUCUUACUGAACAUCAAAAACAUCAGAAAAUUCAUUUGGGGGGUAAGUCCCAGAAGUGCAGUAGCUGUGGGGUAGCCUUUACUCAAAACUCAUCUCAUACUAAGAGAAAAAACUCCUCUACCUGUGAAAAGUGCAGGAAGGAUUUGUGUCAAGAUGAAACUUUAAAUAAAGAUGAGGGAAGUGAGACUGGAGAGAGAACCCAUAAAUGUAGCAAAUGCGGAAAAGCCUUCAGCUAUAGUGCCUCACUGACCAAACACAGGCGAAUUCACACCGGGGAGAAACCAUAUAUGUGCAAUGAAUGUGGAAAAGCUUUCAGUGACAGUUCCUCACUCACACCACAUCACAGAACUCAUAGUGGAGAGAAACCCUACCAAUGUGAUGAUUGUGGAAAAUCUUUCACCCUGAGUGCCCACCUCAUUAAACAUCAGAGAGUUCAUACUGGAGAAAAACCCUAUAAGUGUAAAGAAUGUGGGAGACCCUUUAGUGACAGUUCAUCUCUUAUUCAACAUCAACGAAUUCAUACUGGAGAAAAACCCUACACAUGUAACAAUUGUGGAAAGUCCUUCAGUCAUAGCUCAUCCCUUUCCAAACAUCAGAGAAUUCAUACUGGAGAGAAACCCUACAAAUGUGGUGAGUGUGGAAAAGCCUUUAGACAGAAUUCUUGCCUUACCCGACAUCAGAGAAUCCACACUGGAGAGAAACCAUAUUUGUGUAAUGAUUGUGGGAUGACUUUCAGCCAUUUUACAUCUGUAAUUUAUCAUCAGAGACUUCAUUCAGGAGAAAAACCCUACAAAUGUAAUCAGUGUGAGAAGGCCUUCCCUACCCAUUCCCUCCUGAGUCGUCAUCAGAGAAUUCAUACUGGUGUGAAACCUUAUAAAUGUAAAGAAUGUGGGAAAUCCUUCAGUCAGAGUUCAUCUCUCAAUGAACAUCAUCGGAUUCAUACUGGAGAGAAGCCCUAUGAAUGUAACUAUUGUGGAGCGACCUUCAGUCGAAGCUCAAUCCUUGUAGAACACUUAAAAAUUCAUACUGGCAGAAGAGAAUAUGAAUGUAAGGAAUGUGAGAAAACAUUUAAAAGUAAUUCAGGCCUCAUCAGGCAUCGAGGAUUUCACUCUGGAGAAUAAUUCUUGGAAUAUAGUAAGGUCAGGGGAGAUUUAGUCAAAAUGGCCCCUUACUUUAAACCUGCCAUGUAAACCAACACAGCGUUGAUCAGUAGCUGCAACUGUGAUGUGUUAGCAGCUGGGAAAAAUACACUUUCCAUUUACCCAUAUUUUUUUGUCAGCUUUUGGUAGAUAGUAAUAACAGUUUGUAAAGUCAUGUGGAAAAUGGAGAAAGCAGAAUGAGAUGUGAAAUAAUUCGAAAAGGCUAAAUGUGAACCUAAGCAGGAGAGGGUGCACAGACCCCACUUACUAACCACUUUUUUUCAGGUUUCCCUUUCUCCUAGCUUCACCUUCUGUUACCAAGUAGUAUAGUAGACAAUUCACAUAACCUGGUUUCUGUCCCAGUUUGCCAAUUCACUGUAUAACCUUGGGCAAAUCAUUUGACCUUUCUAAACUAGGUUCCUCACUCGUAGAAUCAGAGGGUAGAACUAAUGAUUUCUAAGGUUUUUAUUUUUGGUACCUCUGAUAUUCUCUGAAGCUAUGGGAAUAAGCUAAACAUCUUUGAUUCAUUGGAAUUUCCAAAUUUCUCUAGUAGAAAAUUAUUCAUUUUGGAUACUGAACAUCUAGUUUAAUGAGAAUGCAAUGUACUUUUUGAGUAUUUGAGCCAGAAACAAGUCAGUAAAGCUCAAACAAGUUUGUCUUCAGGGAAUGUUGUAUUGAACAAAUCACCCCAACCUGUGUUGCUCUGGGCAUUGGCUAAGGGGUUUGGGAAUCUAGAGGGCAUACACCUGAGCCAUUGAGCCAGGAGAGUAGUUCUAGAAAAAUAGAUGGGGCGGGAAGGAGGAGGAAAUGGGAGCUGAACCCAGCUAUUCUGGAUGGAUUGUGUUUUGCGAAAUAGAAUCCUAUUUUUUAAAGUUUACCUAUACUAAAUACAGAUUCCUAUAUUUGGAGUGUAAACAUUCUGUAUGGUAAAGGUUACAAACUAUAUUUGGGCCAUUUGACAUGUUUUAGUUGAUCUUUAUGGUAAGGUGUGUGUGUGUGUGUGUGUGUGUGUGCAAUUGGCACCAUUUAAAAACCAGGAAAUUUUAUUUUGAAAACUAUAAGGGCUGACAACACUGGGACCAUGUAUCAGUGGGGCAGUUAGCUAGUUUUGUGUAGCAGCUGCUUCCUUCAUUUGGGGAAUCUACUCUUUUACGUAACAAGUUCUCAUUUAUAUUACUUGCUCACUUUAGGAAUUUGUUACUAUGAUCUCCUACCAUCUGUAGAAUACAUAUUCUAAAAUCUAUAAAGAGACUCCAUUGAUAGUAAAAUUCAGGAAAAGAUUGUAGAAAGGGUACAGAAUAAAUUUUCAGUUACAUUUUCUGUUGUGAAAUUAGACGUCAAAGGAAUGGAUAGGUGGUAGGAGAUUAUUCCUUGUAAUUUCACUGGUAGACUCAGAAUAAUAAUUUCUAACCAAAAAAGGUACUAAAAGCCCUGAGGCAGUUAGGUUUGGUCUCAGGUCGUAGGGUCCUGGAGGAUCCCCACAGACUCAACAGUAGUACAAAGUUCCUCCAGAUAAAAGUUGAGGUCACUCUUAUAAAGAGAGAAUUAAUCCAGACAACUUCAAGUGUACGAAAGUGUAGAGCUCCUUAAUGUUUUAUAGGAGCCACCUCCUAUAAAAAAGAGAACUAAUCUAGAAAACUUUCAGUUUACGAAAGUGAAGAGAUCUUAAAUGUUCUGUGACUCAGCAAUAUUUGCUGUGAUUUAAUGAGUUUUGGUUUACAGUGCUACCUCUGGAUAAUGUUGGUUCUUCCCUGUGUCCCCACUUCCCGCCAAGGCCUCGAGUUCAAAUAUUGCUGUGUGAUAAACCUGCAUAGUUAUUGCCAAAUGGACUAAUUAGAGACGUUCUAGCCAUGAAAAGAAUAUGGCUGAGGAGAGUCAUUUACCCUCAUUUUUCUUCUGAAAAGAUACAAACCCUGGUUUUUUCCUGAAAAUAUGUAAUUUAUAGGAAUAAUUAAAUACAUAACAUUCUUGAGGUUUGUUCCAGGAUGCUUACUGUAGUUUCAUCUCCCACAUUCAUCAGAAAUGUUUUAUACCAACAUCAGUGGGGAAUCUGGAACAGAAACUUUUUUUUUUUUUACAACUUUAUUGAGGUGUAAAUUAUCUUGUAAUUUCAUAAAAGGCCUUCCAGGUAUCCAAUUCAGUGAGUUUUAGCUAAUUCAUGGAGUUGUGCAGUCGUCGUCAUAAUCCACUUUCAGAGCAUGCCAUCACCUCAUUAAGAUCCCUCAUGCUCAUUUUCAGUUAAUCUGCAGCCCCACCCCUAAACCCAGGCACCACAAAUCAGUCUACACCCUGACUCUGUAGAGUUGCUUUUUCUGGAUGUUUUACACAAAUGGAAUCACAGGUGGUCUUUUUCUAGUUUUUCACUAAGUGAAAAGUUCACCCAUAUUGUAGCAUAUCCAUCCUACAUUCCUUUUAUUGUGAAAUAUCUCAUGUUAUGGGCAUACAAUAUUCUGUCCAUUCACCAGUUGAAGGACAUUUGGUUAUUUCCAGUGUUUGACAGUUAAAAAUAAUGCUGCUCUUUGAACAUUAGCUUGUUAAGUCUUUGUGUGGACUUGUUUUUAUUUUUCUUAAGCAGGUGUCUGAGUUGCUGGCUCUAAUGGUAACUUUUUUGUUUACCUUUUUAAGAAAUUGUCAAAUUGUUUUCAAAGGGACUGCAGCAUUUUACAUUCUGAGCAGCAGUGUGUGAGGGUUCCUGUUUCUCUACUCUCUCACCCAUUCUUGCUACUGUCUGUUAUUUUAACCAUCCUAGUGGUUGAAGUAAUAUCUUUGUGGUUUUAAUUUGCAUUUCCCUGGUGGCUAAUGAUGUUAUGUGCUCUUUAGCUAUUCACAUACCUUCUUUGGUGAAAUGUUUAUUCAAUAUUUUGUCCAUUUAAAAAAGUUGGUUGUUAUUAUUGAGUUGUAGUUCUUUUUCUACAGACAAGUUUUUAUCUAGUGUGAACUUAAAUACCAUGUAUUAGCUACCGAGGGCAACCUCAAACCCUGCUGCAUGAUAGUUAUCAAAAGAUUGUUUUCAAUAACUAUGUAUAGUUGCCUAAAGGAUAUUUAAUCCCUCUCAUCUACAUACUUAAAUUAUUUUUGUAUUACAUCAAAUCAUACAAAGGUUUUAAACUUCUUUUGACUCCAUAUAGAAUUGCUUUUAUUAACCUGUAUUUGUGCUAUUUAUCUUCAUUGGGGUGUAUUAAAAUUGUCCUAUGACACAUUGUACUUUAAAAUGAAGACCUUGCUUCUUAAAAUUUUGCCUCUUAAUGCUGAAGGCAUUUCUUUCAGGUCACAGGACAGGACAAGGCUUCUCCUGUCAACAAAUUACUCUAAUUUACCAUUAAAUUCUUGUUGAUGUGGGAAAAUACACAUGACAUAAAAUUGACCAUUUUAGCCCUUUUGGGGGGUACAGCUCAGUGCCAUUAAGUACAUUAAGUACAUUGUUUGUUGUGCAACCAUCACUACCAUCCACCUGCACAGCUUUUCUAUCAUCCUGAACUGAAACAACUCAGCAAUAACUCCUCAUUCUCUGCCUCCCAGCCCCUGGUAACCACUAUGCUGUUUUCUGUCUCUGUGAAUUUGAUUAUUCUAGGUACCUCAUAUAAGUGGAAUUAUUUACUAUUUUUCUAGGUACCUCAUAUAAAUGAAAUUAUUUAGUAUUUGUCCUUUUGUGUCUGGGUUGUUUCAUUUAGCAUGAUGCUUUUAAGGUUCAUGUUAUGUAGCAUAUGUCAGGAUUUAAUUCCUUUUUAAGGAUGAAUAAUAUUCCAUUGUAUGUCUGUACCACGUUUUCUUAUCUAUUCAUCCAUCAGUGGACAUUGAGGCUAUUUGCUCCAUAUUUGGCUAUUGUUAAUAACACUGCUGUGAAUGGUGGUGUAAAUAUCUGUUUGAGUCCCUGUUCUUAUUUCUUCAUGAAUGUUCUUAAUGGCAUCAAAAAUGGUGAAUCCUUUCCAGAAGAUUAUCAAUUUACUGCCCAGUUCUAUCAGGGGAAGCAUUACCUGUGGCAGGUACAGCCUUUCAAAGUAUGUUUCUUAAAUAAUACUUGAAAGUUGAGAUUACCCCUUGACCCACAGUUACAGAAUGGAUGUUAUAUGAGCAAGCAUGAAAGCAUUAAUCUCGUACAUGUCCAUCAGAGCUCUCGGGUGACCAGGUACAUUGUCCAAGAGAGGUAAAAUUUUGAAAGCAGUCCAUUUUUCUGAACAGUAGGUCUCCACAGUGGGCUUAAAAUAUUCAGAAACCCAUGUUGUGAACAGAUGGUGCUGCCAUCAGGCUUUGUUCAUUUAUACAGCACAGGCAGAGUAGAUUGAGCAUAAUUCUUAAGGGCCCUGGGACUUUCAGAAUGGCAAAUGAGUAUUGGCUUCAACUUUGUUAUCAGCUGCAUUAGCCCUUACGGGAGUCAGCCUAUUCUUCAGAGCUUUGAAACCAGGCAAUGACUUCUCUGUAGCAGUGUAAGUCCUAGUGGUGUCUUCCAGUAUAAAGCUGUUGUUUCAUCUACGUUGAAAAUCUGUUCAGUGUAGCCAUCUUCAUUGACUAUCUUAGAUCUUUUAGAUAGUUUGCUGCAGCUUCUACGUCAGCACUUGCUGCUUCACCUGCACGUUUAUGUUAUGGGAACAGCUUUUUUCCUUAAACCUCAUGAACCAACCUCUGCUAGCUGCCAGCUUUCCUUCUGCAGCUUCCUCACCUCUCAGCCUUCAUGGAAUUGAAGAGACGGCCUUGCUCUGAAUUAGGUUUUGGCUUAAGGGAAUGUUGUGGCUAGUUUGAGCUUCUAUCCAGAAGCCAAAGCUUUCUUCCUAUCAGCAACCACACUGUUUCACUUAUCAUUCAUGUGUUCACUGAAGUAGCACUUUUAAUUUCCUUCAAAAACUAUUCCUUUGCAUCCCAAACUUGGCCCAUUGGCAUAAAAGGCCUAGGUUUUGGCCUGUCUUGACUUUUGACAUGCCUUCCUUGCUAAGCUUAAUCAUUUCUAGGUUUUGACUUGAACACUUAGAGGCCAUUGUAGGAUUAUUAAUUGAGCCAAAUUCAAUAUUGUUAUGUCUCAGGGAAUAGGGAAUCCCGAAGACGGAGAGAGACAGGGUUUGGUUGGUCAGUAGGGCAGCCAGAACACACAUUAAGUUCAUUGUCAGAUGGGUGCAGUUCGUGUUGCCCCAAAACAAUUAUAAUAGUAACAUAAAAUAUCACAGAUCACCAUAACAAACAUAAUAAUGAAAAACUUUGCAAUUCUGUGUGAGUUGUGAGCAAAUGAUACUGGAAAAAUGGCGCCAAUAAACUUUCUCAGCACAGGCCGCCACAAACCUUCAAUUUAUAAAAAACAGUAUCAGUGAAGUGCAAUAAAGCAAAGCACAAUAAAAUGACAUAUGCCUUAUAUCCAUUUUCACAAAUUGCACAAAUAUUUAUUAAUGCCUAGUAUAUACAGGGAACUCUAAGAGAUCAGAUGAAUAAUAUAUGUUUCCCACCCUGUAAAAGUCCAGUUGUGUGUUAAGACUAUGUGUGUGUAGAAUGAGGAUGCGGGUGACAGUAUGAUUGCAAGUAACAGCUAAAAUGACCCAUAUUAAAUUCUGAAAAGGAGGCAUAGAUAGGGCUGUGGGAGCACAUAGGAGAGUGGCUCAGACUUGAAGUGCAGGUAGUCAGUUUCACUCCUUGUCGCCACAGUUCAGGGCCUGCAUUUUAAAGACAUUUGCAGCCCUUUUGUGGAGCUGUGCUUUCAUUACGAGGUCAGUGGGGAGCCAGUGGAGGUGCUCUGUGUGCGUGUGUAUUGGUAAGCACUUCUGUUUCUGUUGUUGCUGUUUUGUGUUUUUCUCAGAAUUUGUCUCAUGUGGGACCGCUUGAUCGAAGGGGAGAAACAUUUUAAGAUUCUUAAAACACACUGUCAGCUUAUUGCCUAUCGAGUGUAGCAUGUUCGUGGGCUUUUCCCCCUUGUGUGGGAACGACGCCUGUAAAGGUGUGGCCUGAAGAAACGGGUGCCCAAAGCCGGGGCACUGGUGAGGCGUCCCUCCAGUUUAUCUUUAGGUGCAGUAAGUUUCAACUUGCUAGCUGAACAUUUUCCACCCUCAGGCUAUGGGUGACAGCUCUCUACAGGAGAGUAGAGCUCCUAAGGUUGAGAGUCUUCCAGGCUGGAGUCCCGGGGUGUCUCUCCCUACAGAGUGAUUCUGAUAAUCCACAAGCUUUGCUAAAUCUCUGGAUCUGUUUUCCCCGUUGACGUUCAGCAUGUCCGUUGUCUUUUUAUAAAGUGGGACCAAGGAGAUCAUUGCCCUCUGAAGUCAUAAUGGAUACAUACUCCCCUGUUUUUCCUGCUUUAAAGAAUCUUCAUUUUCUUUCUUGAUCUGCUACCAUGAUCAGAACCUCACCUCAGCUCUUGGAGCAUCUUUAAGACAGUUGGUUCACAGUCUUGGUCUAGCAAGUCUGAAAUCUGGGCUUCCUCGGGCACAUUUUCUAGUGACAUUUCGUUUCUUUGAAUGUGCCAUCGUUCCCUCUUUCAUUCUUUGCACUGUGAAUUUUUUUUAAACUGGACAUUUUAAUCAUACAGUGUGCUAGCUCUGGAAAUCGGGCGUUUGCCCUCUUCCCAGAGUUAUUAUUUUUAGUGUUUCAGGGUGUCUCUGUGCUGAGGGUCAGUCUGGUGAAUGCUUAAACUUUUCUGUUUUUUUCUGACCCUGAAUUUCCUGAGCACAGGCAUUCAGUUCCUAAAUUCUCCCACAAAUGCAUUUUUUCCCUCAUGUCCCAGAAAACAGGUGCCACCCCUUUAAAUCCUCUGGAAGCUAGUUUAGCCAGUGGAAGUUGAAAGAAUGGCAGCUGGCCUCUGCUCUUCCUCCAUGACCAGAAGUAGCCAUCCUGCCUAAUCAGAACUCAGAACCUCAGAUAUUUGGAGUAAAAGGUACUUUAUUGCCUACCGUGGGUCUGGGUGAGGGGGAUUAGGUAGCUGCUUCUGUGCUGAAGACUAAAAAUCCACCACUAUUAAUAAUUGCAGUUUAUCAGUCAAGGUUUCCCCUGGACAUUGCAACUUUUAAAGUAAACUCCCUGUGUGUCACAGUAAUCACGGUAGAUACUUUGUUCAAGUACAGUUGUUGUCUAGGUGGGGAUGUGGAUUCCUGGCGCUUCCUACUCCUCCAUCUUCCCUUCCCUGACAUGACCCCAGCCGUGUCUGAUUUUUAUCCUGCUUUUUGGAAGAUUUCUUCAACUUUAUCUUCCAACUCUACUACUAAAUGUUUGGAAUGUUUGUUUCUGUUGUUUUAUUUCAAAUUGCAUUUCUGAAUCUCUGUUCUUUUUUAAAUAUUCUGUUUCCAUUCCAUGGGUGAAAUUUUUUUUUCUCUGGCAAUGCUAAUGUAGCAUCUUCAGUGUUAUUCUGCUCCCUGCAUUAUCUGCCCUCUGACUUGUUUUCCUUGUUUCCUUUCACAUUGGAAGUUUCAUAUUUGAAAAGAGGGCUCUAAAAAGCUGACCAGAAGGUGUUUCAGUUAUUGCAGCAUUGUCCAAUAGGAAUACAAUGUGAGCCGCUUAGGUAAUUUCACAUUUUCUACAAGCCUCUGUUAAAAAGUAAAGAAAAACAAGUGAAGUUAAUAAUAUAUAUUAUUUCAUCCAUAGAGCCAUAAUAUUAUUUCAACAUAGUCAAUGUAAGAAUCAUUGAUGAGAUAUUUUAUAUUACUUUUUACAUUAUCUUUAAAAUCCAGUGGUGUGUUUUAUAGUUGGAGCACAUCUUAAUUCAUACACUAAGCUUUCAUUUGAAGUAGUUGAUCCAUGAGUUGAGAAGAAGAUUCACAUAGUUCUUCCAAAUGUAUUUUGCUCUAAAUACAAAGUUUUUCAACAACUGAAUCAAGUAUCAAAAAAUUAUUUUCCUUUGAUUUUUGCAUCCACAUUAACAAAACUGUUCACCUUUUUAUUAGAACUGAUUUGAAUUUGAAGCAAAAGCAUAUCAGUUUAAAAACUCUUAAUCUGUUUAAGUAAUUCACUAACACAUGUGCCAACUCAGUGUUACUAACAUCAAAUUCAGCAAGGUUUUGCAUUAAUGGAAAUAAUGAAGUUUAUCAGUAUCAACAAGCCAUUCUUCACAUUUGUCUCAUUUUUUACAGCCAAUUUAUGCAAUGCUAUGUGAUUGUUUAAAAUUUGCAUAUUGACUAAUAUUUAAAGAAUGAGUAGUUUAUUUUUUGUAUUAUGAGAUGUUUCAAUUUUAACUCAUUUCUUUUAUCUGCGGUCACAUGUUUUUCCCAUUCUAAGUAGCUUCAGAUUUACCUUGUUCAUAUGCAGUUGUGAUAUUAGGGAGAAGCAUAAAUCACACUCCUACUUUUUGUCUUUGAUUAUUAAAUAUUUGGUAAGCAUUCCUUUUGUUUCAAGAAAAAUUGUGAGUUGGAAUUCCUAGUAAAGGAAAUCUUUGUAAGAUUCUUUUACAACUCAACCAAGGAACCUUGGUCAAGAACCUACAAUCAUUAAAAACAUUAUUUUCAACAGUUCCAUAAACUAGCAAUGAUUGUUUACAGCAUUUGCACAUAUAUGGUGAAGAAUUUUAACAUCUGUAUCUCUGACUCUUUUUUGGAAUCUGCUUCAGAAAACAAUACAAAUACUUUCAAUAUUUAUCAGACAAUGGAAUAAAGCAAUGACAAAAACAUUCUUGUGCUUUAAAAUCCUGGUAUACACCUGGUCUUCUGACUUAACAUAGAGUCCCAGUCUUAUGGUAGAAACUAAUUUUUCUAUCACUGGUGAAAUUCUUUGACAGAUAUCAAAAAUAUCUGUCAUGAGCUUGAGUUUUUAGGCAAUGAAUUGACAUUUCUUUGUAAGUUUAGAUGUUCUUUGAGACACAAUGUACCCAAAAUUUUCAUUGGGCAGUAUCUUAUAAUCAUUCACCCAAAGUAAAAGAUAAAUACUUGAAAUUUUUCAAAAUUUCAAUCAAUUGAUCUUUGAUAUUAGAAACUUCUUGUAUUCUGUGAGCAAAAUUGCUUAGAGGGCUAAUUGAAAAUUUAAAUUUUUGUAGAUGUCUUUAUAAGUGUCAUAAUUUUCUAAAUUAUGAUAAUUAAAAUUUCUUUUGUCAUCUAUCUAAGAUUGUGUGUAGGUGUGUGUGUCUGUAUGUGUGUGUGUGUGUGUGUAUGUGCCAGAAUUCAAACUAUUUUGUAACUGGCCAAGUUUACCAGCUCAAAAUCCUAUUAAAAAUCAUAAAAAAUUUUUUUGAUGAAAAUUUGAUUUUCAUUUUCAUGUGACUAAUCUUGUGGAUUAUUUUUGACUAUUAGAAUACUUACCAAGCUUGUUCGUUAGAUUGUCACUAAAAAAAUGACAUAUUAGCUAUUGUUAAAUAUUGUCUACUGUAUUUAACACUUUUGUGUACCACAGCUUUGUCACUGUGCCUGCAGUAAGUUGCAACUGCUAUUCAUCUUUGAAUAUGCACUGUGCCCUCUUCUACUUUUUUUCUUUACUAGUCAUAGUACUAGCUUCUGUAUUGCACUGAAUUUCUGCCUAAGUAAUAUGCCUUCAUUUGAAAUUUAAAAUAUUUUUCCAUAUUUUUUUAAUCUAGAAAGCAAUUCAAUUAUAUUAAAAUAGCAAGUAUCUCAAUUUGUGACUGAUUUACAUAGGUAUCACUGUAACUUGUGCUGUCUGCAUAGGUACACCUCAGCUUAUGCUAUCUAUAUAAAAUAUCCAAGUGAACAAACACAUUGUGGUGUUAUUUCAGUGCAUAGAAAAGUCACCUGAGCUGAAUCAAUCUGUUAAUACUGACUAGGUUGGUGAAGUGUUUCUUUGUAAUACUAGAAAUAAUGCACGUUCUUGUACAAGUAUUAACAAUAUGACAAUGUCCUAUGCGAUGCAACAGUUAAAAGUGAGUUGUAGUUCUACCUAAAAAUAAAGUGGUGUUUAAUGGAAAAA